CGGCAUUGAAGCACAAUAAUUGUUGCCAUUUAGCAACUCAAUUUUAUCUGUCCGAAAACUCUAGUGGAAACUGCCCAAGUAUAUCUGUAAAUGGAACUUAUCAAGGUUGAUGAAGCCCCAUUGGGUUGCCACAUAUUGGCGAUUCCUUAUCCAGGGAGAGGCCACAUUAAUCCAUUGAUGAAUUUGUGCAAGCUCAUAGCUGCAACGUCCACACCAGAUCUUCUACUACAAAUCUCUUUUAUUGUAACACAAGAGUGGUUCAGCAUUUUGAAAUCAGAGCCAAAACCAGAUAAUAUCCAAUUUCGAACAAUUCCAAAUGUAAUUCCCUCAGAAAAAGAUCGAAGCAAAGAUUUGCCGGGCUUCAUGGAAGCUGUAUUUACAAAGAUGGAAGCUGACGGGUUUCCAAAGCCUAAUGUGAUUUUAGCUGAUUCGUUCUUGCCGUGGGCCGUCAGUAUUGGGGAGCGGAGGAAUAUUCCGGUGGCUUCAUUUUGGACCCCUUCUGCCACCGUUUUCUCCAUCCAUUAUCACUAUCAACUACUCAAGGAUAAUGGACAUUAUGAAGCCAAUUUAGCAGAGCAAGGAGAAGAACUCGUAAACUACAUUCCUGGGAUAACACCAAUUCGUGUAGAGGAUCUCCCAUCUGUAAUCUACGGCAAACAAAGGAAGUUAUUGCCCUUUCUUCUCGAAUAUGUAUCACAAUUGGCCAAUAAGGCACAAUACGCCUUGUUCACCACCAUUGAAGCAUUGGAAUCUCAAGUGCUAGAGGCUUUACAAGCUGAAUUACCAGUCCCCAUUUUCACAGUUGGUUUAACAAUCCCUUGCUUGGAUACCGAAUUCAAGUCCAACCAGCCUAGUCCAAACUACUUGUCAUGGCUUGAUGAUCAACCUAAGGACUCUGUUCUAUACAUAUCCCAAGGAAGUUUCAUGUCUGUAUCAAAAGAACUGCUAGAUGAAAUUAUAGCAGGUGUGCACAGCAGCGGUGUCCGAACGUUUUGGGUGUCAAGUGAGAAUGCAUCCUUACUUACAGACGGAAUUGGGAAGAGGGGAAUCGUGGUGCCUUGGUGCGACCAAUUGAAAGUUUUGUGCCAUCCUAGUGUAGGUGGAUUUUGGUCGCAUUGUGGAUGGAAUUCAACCAAGGAAGGUGCAUUUGCUGGUGUUCCAUUUCUUACGUUCCCCAUUGGGGCUGAUCAAGGUACCAACAGUAAACAAAUAGUGGAGGACUGGAAGAUUGGGUGGAGGAUCAAUAAGGAUCGCGAGAACCUGGUUAAGAGAGAUGAAAUCGCUCAGCUUUUGCAGAGUUUUAUGGACCUUGACAGCUACGAAGGAAAAGAAAUGAGAAGAAGAGCAAUGGAAAUAAGGAACACCUGCCUAGAAGCAAUUGAAGGCGGCACCAUCCAGGGAAAUAUCGACAAGUUCAUUCGGGACAUUUCUCGAGGAACAAGGCAGUGAUUUACUUGACAAACUGUCCAGGUACCCGCCGUGACCAGCAAUACGUUUCUAGUCACUGUAAUAAGCUGUUUGUACCCUUGUGAUCUUCUCGUCCAAAAGGUUAUGUUUGCACUAGGAAACAGUUCCUAUUCGUUUUGUUCUUAUUUUGGGAUUGUUUUGUUUCUUGUGCUGGUUUCAUUUACUGAGUGUGCUUAUAUCUAUCCUACUUAUUGAAUAGUCUCGUUA